CCAAAAUCCGAAACACAUUUGCAGGUUUGUCCCAAAAAGGAAAAUAAAAAUAGAGAAGAAAACAAUCAUUUUCUUCUCUCUAUCUAAAGUUGUGUUGUGUGUGUUGCUCUGUUGAUUUAAUUCCAUUAUUUGAUUUUAUAUAGUAUUUGAUUAAUUCAUCAAACCUCAAAGAGAUAGAGAAAAGAACAAGGGUUGUGACUAUGGCAGAUCAACAACCAGAAGGAACAUUACAGAACAUUCUAGAACAAGAGUCAUUGAAGUGGGUUUUCGUUGGUGGAAAAGGUGGUGUUGGUAAAACAACAUGCAGUUCAAUUCUCUCUACCCUUCUCGCUUCUGUUCGUUCUUCUGUUCUCAUCAUCUCCACCGACCCUGCUCACAAUCUCAGCGAUGCUUUUCAACAACGCUUCACAAAAACCCCUACUUUGGUCAAUGGCUUCUCCAAUCUCUAUGCUAUGGAGGUGGAUCCAGCUGUUGAGUAUGAGGAUAUGGGUGGUUCUGAUGGUAUGGAUAGUUUGAUCUCUGAGCUAGCUGGUGCAAUUCCUGGAAUUGAUGAGGCUAUGAGCUUUGCUGAGAUGUUGAAAUUGGUGCAGACAAUGGAUUAUUCUGUUAUUGUAUUUGAUACUGCUCCCACUGGCCAUACACUUAGACUGUUGCAAUUCCCAUCAGUUUUAGAGAAAGGUCUUGCAAAGAUGAUGUCUUUGAAAAAUAAAUUUGGGGGUUUGUUUAGUCAGAUGACUCGCAUGUUUGGCAUGGGUGAUGAUUUUGGCGAGGAUGCAAUCCUUGGGAAGCUUGAAGGCAUGAAGGAUGUAAUUGAACAAGUUAAUAAGCAAUUCAAAGAUCCAGACAUGACAACCUUUGUCUGUGUUUGCAUUCCCGAAUUCCUCUCGCUUUAUGAAACAGAAAGAUUGGUUCAAGAACUCACAAAGUUUGAGAUCGACACACACAAUAUCAUCAUUAAUCAAGUAAUCUUUGACGAUGAAGAUGUUGAAUCUAAGUUGCUUAAAGCAAGAAUGAAAAUGCAACAGAAGUAUUUGGACCAGUUUUACAUGUUGUAUGAUGACUUUAACAUUACAAAGCUGCCACUGCUUCCGGAAGAGGUUACUGGUGUUGAAGCUCUAAGAUCAUUUUCAAGACAUUUUACGACACCAUACCAACCCUUAUGCAGUAAAGAUCAAGUAGAACGGAUUGAGCGUAGAGUAACAGCACUACAAGAACAGUUAAAAGAGGCUGAAGAAGAAUUGGAGAGAGUCAAAAGGGGGAAGCUCAAGGCUUAAUUUGCUUCCAUUCAUGAAUAAUAAUGCCAUUGUAUUGUGUAUGUUCUUUUGGUUCACAUUUUUUUGAAGUCUACAGUCUUAUAAAGCAUUUUAUUCUGUUUUUGGAUGCCAAUAUAAGUCAAUUCUAUGUUUACUUCUAUUUAAUUAAUGUAGCUUUUUCUUAUGUAAACCAAAAAGAAAAUGAUAGAAUUACUGAGGAUAGUCUUCAUUUUGUUUUUAAGAAUAUUCUUUACUUGUAUCUUUGAGAUUAUGAGUUGGAUGAUUCCUUAUAGUAUUGUUUGUUUUCUACUUUUGUAAGGUAAAGAUGACACUUUAUAAAAUGUCCAAUUACAUGAAAAA